AGUGUUGUGCUCUUGUACCUUAUGAUCUUCCGUAGAACAGUUGACAGUGAAAGAACAGUUAGCUUGCUGGCAAGCUAGCACAAUCCUCUCUGUAGAUAAAGUAUAUCAGUCAGACUCAAGGAUGUGCAAUUGAAUCAGACAUGACUCCUCCUCAAAACCUAUGACCAACUGGGCAUAUCGCAGUAAGCAGGUCGAUCAGCGUUAUCACAAAUUGUAAUCCAUGCUUUCUGAUGAGCUUGACUCCAAACCUGAGCUGCUGGUUCAGUUCGUGCAGAACGCGUCCAUCCCUCUCGGGCAGGGUCUCGAAGACUCAGAACCCAAACACACCUGCCUUCCACUGCUGGUCCCCAACGACAGCUCCCUGUGCAGCCCCCUAGAGCUAACAGAGGGUGGUCUUAGCCAUGCGUCUGCAAGGUCCCCGCCUUUGUCAGAGUUGGGGGGUGCUGAGCAGAGCCCCCUGGUCCAGACACAGGUCCCCCCCCGGGGCUCACCUAGCCCCCCACACGUCCUCCAUGACCUGCAGCAGUCAGACAGCACAUCCUACGUCCUGCUCAACCUAGCGAAAGGUCUGGCAGCCUCCUCUGAAUCCCUGAUCUUCUCUGCCGAUGGUGCGGAUGAGGAGGAGGAGGUGGUCUCGUCGGGGGACUACGGGGUGGAUGGCAGCGCCCCCUGGUACCUGCGGGUGCAGGAGCUGGCACACGACAGCCUGAUCGCUGCCACACGGGCACAGCUGGCCAAGGAUGCCAAGGCAAGCCAGGAUGCCAAGGCUGGUUGUGGCACUAACGGUGACAUCAUUCACAGUUUUCCGUCAGAGGAAGGUAAACGGGAGCUGUCGGCACGGACCAACCGAACACUCUCCAAGCAAAUUCUGCGCUGUUCCUUUGAAGGCUGCUACAGGACCUUCACCUGGCCAGCCCACCUUAAGUACCACCUUAAAACACACAGAAAUGAUCGUACGUUUCGCUGUGGAGCGGAGGGCUGUGGGAAGAGCUUUUACGUGCUGCAGAGACUGCAGGUCCACAUGAGGACCCACAACGGAGACAAACCCUUCAUCUGCAAGGAGAAGAACUGUGGCAAGAAGUUCACCACCGCGGGAAACCUCAAGAACCACAAACGCACGCACACAGGAGAGAAGCCGUUCUUGUGUGAAGCAGAUGGAUGUGGGCGCUCCUUUGCUGAGUAUUCCAGUCUUCGCAAACACAUGCUUGUGCACUCAGGGGAGAAGCCCCACCAGUGUGGGAUCUGUGGAAAGACCUUCUCUCAGUCAGGCAGCAGGAACGUUCACAUGAGGAAGAGACAUGGAGAGGAAGCCCAGUGCAACGACGGCAGAGACACAGGAGAGGCCCUGACCCACAGCAGUCUGCUGGAGGCAGACGGGGAGGCUGGCGACAACAUGGUCACCAUGACUACAGGGGUGGAACCCAUGAAUCUGCACCAUGCUAUGCUGAGAGCCCAAGGCUCAGCAGACUCCGUGGUCCUCUCUCAAUCACAUGAUCUGGUGACCAUGACAACUGCUGGCCACUCGUACGGCGAGGAUGUGGUGGCUCUGUUGUAGAGGUUGUUGUCCACUGGGACCCUUUGUUGCACAUGUAGAACUCUACUGCUGGUGACCCUAGUCAAAACAAGGUAGCGCUGACAUGGAGCUGAGUGAUGUUCUGGAAGCAGAAUCCUUAAGACUAACCUGCAAAGUCCCAAACUAUUAUGAUCGUUAAUAAGGUAAUUUGUGUGAUUGACUAAUGCUAAAACACUCCCAGAACCGCCACAUUCACAGCUGUCUAAUAUAGCCAACGUGUUUUGUUUAACACCCCCCCCCCCCCUAGUUUCCUUAACAAGCUUCCUCAAUUACUCCAUUCUUUGCUGUCAGCACUGUAGAUAUGUAAUUAGCUGCCAACAAUGAUGUUAUUUUUGGCGGGAGAUGUGGGAUAAGUAAAAGGUUUAUUCAAACCCACCUUUCUGUAGAUUAUAACUGAUAAAUAUAAAUUCACUUCCAAAGAAGUAGUGACACAGAUAUAAAAAGUUGAGUUUUAUUAAAACUGAAAGUAUAUGUAUAGAUAAAUGAUUUUAUUCAUUGUCUAUCAACUCUUAUGUGCAUUCUCCUGAGAGCAGUUAAUUAUGAAAAGGCUACCAAAUGUUUCAUAAGACUCCUAAUUUUCCCUACACCUCAAAAACCGACCAAUAGAAUUAUUCAAUUACAAUUAACAUUAAAUGUGCAAACACAUGCCGUUUCUGCAACCAGUACCAUCUGCUACCAACAAGUUAAAAAUAAUAAUUGAGUUACAAAACACAUUAUGGAGACCAUAUUCAACAUUUGUGAUCCGCUAUUGACAGUAAGGCUGAGCAGUUUAUCCACAUGCUCAUGUUGGGCGCCUUGGUUGGUUUUGUAAGAUAUGAACUCUUUAGUAAUAUGAAGCACACAAAUCAUUGCCAAACCGAUUGCCCCUCAAAAUGUCUAUAAAACACUGGACCUUAUGGUAGUCAUGUUGGAAACGACCAGCUUUAGGCUUUGAUCAGUUGUCAGUGUUUCACUUGCGUUUUAUGUAAGGUAGGUGUUGAACUUCCACAAGGUCAGUAGCUACUGAGAACUGAGAUACAGUAACUUGACUAUGGUACCAGCCACUGAGACGUCACUUUAGUAAAUUCACCCCAAAAAUCAGACAAAAUUAAAUCAAGGAAGGCAAACUCAGAUAUAAAGAUACACAGUUGAAAUCUUUCAAAGUCAUCGCUGAAAGAAAUUAAAGACACUCCCUGGGGUUUUCUACGAUGCACCUUUCCAUCCCAGCUCCUAUUGGCUAGUCAGGUGAGGGAGAUCUGGGAUCUCACUGUACGCGUCAGGUAGAUCCCUGGUGUUCCCCGUGUGUUCUGCUCCCUCAGUGGAUCUUCAGGUUCUGGAAGUGGUGGAACGUGGCUCCUAGAGCCCAGCUCGUCUCCACAUUGUUCACCUUCUUGGUGAGCUGGGGAGGACAGGAACAGACGUCACGUUGUCAUUAUGCCUUUUUGUAUUUAUUUGAAUUAAAAAAAUGUUAAAAAGCUAAA